AUGCAGCAUCAGAGAGACCUCAAUCCACACACCAAACUGGGCGUUGUGUUCAGCCUGGGAUUACCACGACAGCAUGGCGGACGCAUCUUCAACCGGGAUGGCCACGUCAUCAUACUGAGAGGACCAUCGGGCGACUUGAUAGAGGAAUACACUAACAGAGGUAGCGAGGUGCUGCAGAAGAUCGAAGAGGAGAUAGAGAAGUACGACGACAUUGUGCUGACCGACUAUGAGGACACGUAUUACAAUCUCACGUGGAAGACGGUGGCCAAUCUGCGUUGGCUGUCGGGCUUCUGUGACAAGGUGCACAACGACGUCUUCAUGAUACUGGAUGAUGACCACGGGAUGAACUUGACGAGGGUGAUGGACUUUCUGGCCUCCAUGCCGAAGGCCAAAAAGAGGACAUCUCUCUUCGGUUACAUUGCACGAUGGGAUGGGGCUACGCGAAAUCCCUUAAGCAAGCUGUUUCUCUCGCAUCGCGAAGUGCCAUGGAAUUUGAUGUGUGCCUAUCCUCGUGGCUUUUGCCAAAUAAUAGGCACAGAUAUUAUCGAUGAUAUGGCGAUUGGAUCAGCCUACACGAGGCACAAUUACCUGCAUGAGGACGUGUAUCUGGGCCUGCUGACAUUCAAGUUGGGCAUUCCCUUGCACCAUGUGGACACCAUGUUCAGCGAAAGCAUGAAGCCCACACCGGGAGUUAUGGUG